AUUAUCUGCUAGAGAGGAUUGUGCAGUAUUCAGAGAGAAAAAAGGACAGACAAACAGAUAUACAGAUUAAUGUUGUAAUAGAUCUACUAGUAAUCGCGAUUGUAAAUUUCCGACAAAUCCCGAAGUUAGACUGGGGGAAUUGCGGAACCUACUUUCGGUUUAGAUGAAGUUAAACUGACUGACCAUUUCUUCAGUGUAUAGGUUCAACAUGAACAAAAACAAAACAACAAAGAUGUAACAACAAAAGUAAAAUGAUGAUACGUUUGUUUUAGUUCAUGCACUGGUGUAUCCAGGAUUACAAGAAGCCAGAGAAAGUGAAUGCAUUCAACAUCGUCUUAUGUUUGCUGAAAGACAGGUGUACAAGCACAUGUAUAUGAUUUGCUGAGUUCCAGGGAUAUCCCACCACCAAAAAACACACACUAAUUGAACGUUAUAUUUACGCAAUAUUCUUUAUUUUAAGAUACCAGCGGUAUUGAAAGGCACACAGGUCUUUCAAAUAGUCUGUUUAUGUAAUUGACUAUAUCGAAUAAGUAAUAAUGUUGAGUACACUUUACAAUGCUCUACGCGUUCGGUCUAGUGGGAUGGAUGGAGAAACAGAACUCGAUGUAAGAUGUGUAUCUUGUUCGAAGAAAGAAAGACUUUUAAAUUUUGCGGAUCUUAAACGAGCGGACCACAUUUGUAUGAAUGGCCAAUACCUCGUUUUUAACUAUGGGGAUAAGCAAGUGUCAGCAUACACGCAUCAUGCAAUUGUCAAGGAUAUCGAUGUUAUAUCUCCUUCGUCUGCUGUUGUUUCUAUGAUACAUUUCUACUCAACACCAUUCGACGUGUCGAUUAAGAUUCGGGAAACUUCAACGCUAUUAGACUUGCAUUUAAACGAAGUUUUCACCAUUCGAUACAGACAUCCUGCACAUAAUGCCGAUAUUGUUAUUAAAAGAGCAGAAGGGCUAAUAGAGCAAAACAAACUUGCAAAAUAUUCAAUAUUGUCUUGUAAUUGUGAAUCUUUCUGUAACUGGUGUUGUGUUGGUAGUGAAGAUAGUUAUCAAUCAGAAAAUGCUAGAGAAACUUUACGAGCAGUUCUUGCCGGCAUUGCAAAUGUUGGUGGUAAGGUUCUGCGAGUUGUUUGUAAACUACUCAUGUUGUCAGUUGAGGAUCUGUCAAAGGUUGCUGCAGGCGCUCUUAUUCAUGUACCAUGGGGUGUGCUUUCAAUUAUGGCUAUAUUCUACCUUAUCCACACAAUUUACCGUCAUUUUCAGUUAGAUAAAGCCAUGAAAGCUGGAAACAUCUGUUCAGCUUGUUGUUUGCGCAAAAAGCAUGACCUAUGGAUUCAGUUUGCUGCAUAUUGUGUUUUUCAGGUAGGUGGUCUUGGCUUGUUGUCAUUGGUCAUAGCUGCAGGAGCUAGUUCUGGUAUUGUAUUUGGGGCUUUGGCUGUUUGUAGUGUUUUAACUUUGCUAUGCAUUUCGGUUAUUCCGAAGCUCCGACAGCGGUUUUGUUCACCUUUUCAAGGACGAUUGCUAACAGUAAAAAGUUUGCAAACAAUCAAGAAAGGUGAUGUUAUUUCGUUUGAUCAUUGGAAAAUAUCACACGAUGGAGUCGUAAGCGCUAUCAAUAUUUGUCCAAAUACGAGAAACGAAAGGGGUCAAAUUACCGUGAUACAUUACUCACUUCCAUCUCUCUUUGGUCGAAGAACUAUCGUCGAAGAAACUAUUGAAAUUAAUCUUGGAAAAGAUUUGAUUUUCAGCCACGAUUACUCUGGAUACAAUGUACAUGAAGCGCAAGUUGUAGUUCAACGGGCAAAACAGAGACUUGGUGAAGCAAAAUUUGGUUUAAUGACAAAUCGUUCUUGUCACUUUUGUCACUGGGCUAAAGUAAACGAGGAACUGAAUGAUGAAAAAAUUAUCGUACCGGAAUCAGCAGAGUCCAGGCUGCUGUAUUUGAGAGAGCUAGACCCAAAAGACACAAUUUCAAACUUACCACUUCAAUCUAUACAUGUCGAUCAUAUGAGAAGGAGAAAGCAUGCAUCGAUGUCUCUUGAAAAGAAAUGGGCAAGAAUUAGGGAUGAAAUCAAAGUUGGCAAAAUAGUAGAAUUCAAAUACCGACGUUCCUGGCAUAAGGCUGUCAGUACGAAUGUACAUUUUGACAAGCAAAUUUCAGCAAAGGUGAACAUCACUGUCGUCCACUAUGGUAAAAUGGGCAAAGUAUGCGAAGAAAAAUUUACAUUCAACCUCAACGUGGAAGAUGUAUGGGUUUAUAAAUAUCACCCACUUUACCGUUAUGAAACAAGUGACGUGAUCAGACGUGCACGGGCAAGAAUAGGGGAAGAGAAUUACAAUACAUUUUUCCAUAGAUCUUCACAUCUUGCAAGGGAAAUCGUAGUUAAGGAAAAAGACCCAGUUGUAUUAGAUAUAGAUGAAAUCAAGUUGGGUGACGUAAUAACGUUCUACUACUGGUCUUUUAGGCAUGAUGCAAUAGUAACAAAAGUCAUCCGUGGUGAUUCAAAAGCCAACACCACUGGCGUUUUGAGGAUAAUUCACUAUGCUUUGAAGGAUCUUUUUGCAGUCCGGACCGUUAGUGAAGAACCAAUGCCUAUUGAUUUGAGGAAAUGUCGUGUGUAUAAGAAAAGUUACGAUGGCUAUGUAACUUACCCGGCGAAUAUUGCUGUAAAGCGAGCUCGUUCAAGACUUCACGAGCAGCGAUUCUCCAUCAAGGGAAACACAUCGUCAGAUCUUGUUCAUUGGGCUAAAGUAGUUCAAAACCCAAUAGUUGUUUCGAAGUCAAAAGAUGAAAAGGAGCUUUUUUCUGGUGUUCAAAAAGACCCAUACCUUCUUGUACCGAAAGCCGGUAUUCAAUGUGAGGAGUUUCAGUACUUUCGUGCUAACUCUUGGUCUGAUUUGUACCCAGGUGUUAUAGUGGAAUAUAGGUAUUACUUAAUCCGGCACCAAGGUAUCCUUUCCUACAAAUGCGAGAGUACAAAGACUAUCAAGGUGAUUCACUAUGGCGCAGACCAUCUUUUUGCUACUCGAACGAUAAUGGAGGAUACAAUGAAGCUAGACUUGAGAUAUGAUAACAUUCGGAUAUACAGAGGUCACCCAAGACGGUGUUAUAAAGCAGGAGUAGUGCUUGAAAAUGCCAGGAAACGUCUUGGAGAGCAAAGAUGGAAAAGAGGAAAUAGAUCUUGGGACUUUUGUAAAGAUUGCGUGCUUAAGAAAACGAGUCAGGAAGUGUAGAUAAUUGCCGGAAGAAAUGUCACACGUGAUUGGUUUCUUCAAAGUUGUAACAUAUUAGACAGUUUAAAUAACAGCUGCUGUUUCAUACCUUUUGGUCUAUGUUGUCAGUCAGUGAUAAAAUUGUAUCAUGAUGGUAGGCUAGUUCUAUCCCAAUCAAUCACAUAAUUUGAGUCAUUGAAGAUUUUUCUGAUUGGUUGUAAACGAACAGUUAGAAGAAAGAGUAUUGGUUGUCUUGCUGAAAAUUAUGAACAUGUCUUUACAAGUACAUGGGUACUUCUUUAAGGAGUGUGCGCAUGAAAAAAUAAAGAGCAAACAUUGAGAGACAAAGAUUUUGUUGUUAAGACGUGUUGUUCUAGAGAGGUCGAAUUUCUGGUGAAGUUUUUCUUUUGAAAUAAAUGAUAUUGUUAUGUUGCAAUAGUGGGCCACUUCGCAGAGGUUGCACUGUAUAUUCUAAUUUUUGAACACAUUUUAUAAUUGGUUAUUUCUUUUUAAGAAAUUGCUGAACUUAAAAUCAUUUAUAAAAUUUGUUCAUUCUAUUUAUUUUCAAUUUACAUGUUUACUAAUAAAUCAAAACAAUUAAUUAAUUUAAGUUUAUUCUACUUUAGGAUAAGGGCUUUAUUAGAAACGUAAUGGUAAAAUACGUAUUUAUAUAUAUUUUAAUCAGUUAUGUACAAAAAUACAUUUUUAGUUUCAGAUGAUUUAUAAUAAAUCAUUUGUCUGAAUAAGUUCAAAGUUGUGAAGAUUAGGGUUAUAUUUUCUCAUUUUAUCGCCGAGGACGAUUGAUUCUGACAUCAGUUGUACUAUCUUUUUUUGUUUAACAUUUAACUACAAUUUCAUAUAUUUAUAUAAUCUGUUUUGAAAUGAAUGUUUUGAAGCACAGUAUUUGAAUUGCUUAUAAGUCAUGUUUGUUUUUUAUCCAUUAUUGAAAACCUUUCCUUUCGCUAUUACAUGCAUUAAAUGCUUAAUAGAUAAGAUUGAUAUAAGACAUGUAUAAAUCAAGAACACAUUUAAUGUUGUUCUAUUACCCUUUAUUUUGUAGUUAACAUUUUAAUUAACCUAAUAAACUAACCUUUGAAGUACACAAUUGUUUUGCGGAUUUCCAGAAUUUUUAUAAAUGCAUAAAAAACACAAAAAACUGGACUAUGUUACAGCACAAAAUUGCAUAGACAUGUAUUUGAACUUAUUGCAGCAAUGAUCUUACACUAUAUUUAAGUGUUCUGUAAUGAACAUAAAAUUAUGUAUGCAGAGUUUUGUUGUAUUUCUAACUGCACUGUAUGUGUGUGUGUGUGUGUGUGUGUGUGUGUGUUUUUUAAUAUUAUUUAUUUUUUUAUUUUUCAGUUUUUUAAAAAAAAAAAAAAACAAAAAAAAACAUACAAUAUAUUGAGACAUAUAUUUAAAGAUGCACAAAAUAUUUCUUUUAAGAUUCAACAUAGUUUAUAAAGAUAAUAAUUCAAUAGUAUCUUAUCAAAGAUGUCAUUCAUUAAUUAAUGUCAGAUCCUUUUUUAAUAUAUCAUUAGAAAAAGGGUCCUUUUCAGAACUUUUUUCUUUACACUAUUAUAGAACUUUUUUGACAUAAAGGAGAAAUUCCAAACAAAAAAGCAUUGAUAUUUAUGCUGACAAAAUUAUCAUCAACUCAAGGGAAACAACUCCUACUAUUUUUAAAUGAGGUGUGCCUCUUGUCAUGAAUACAUUAUGCAUUAAUAUCAUUAAGAAAAAAAAUUAAAAAAAGAUGAACGGUCAUUCAAGAUGUUCAAGAGAAAAAUAAACAAAAAAGGCAGUGGGUGUAGUAAAAGAUGAUCAAGCUUAAAUCCAAAAAUAAAUGUUUUAUAAUUUCAAUAUGAUUGUUGUAAAAAGAACAUGUAUUAACAUCUUUUAUUCUCAUUUUAUGUAAAUGAUAAUUUGUUGCCAGUAUCCUGUGAUUUACCUUAUACUGAAACCAUUGUAAAUUUGAAUUCUUUGAAAUAUAGAAAAGGGAGCCUAUUAAUGCCAUUCCAAUUGAUAUCAUCAUUCAAAUUGAGUUCAUCUUCCCAUUUUCUCUUAGCAAUAGGGGAUGUAUUUGCUCUAAGAAUCUUAUUAUAGAUUUGUCUACAUCCCUUCUUUUAAUUAUUGAUUAUAUUGAUCAAUUAAGGCUGAAUAGGCAUUUCCUCUUUCUUAGGUAGGUGUCGAAAAGACAUUUGAUUUAAAAUCUCCUAAAAGACUAUAAUGCUUUGAUACUCUAAAAAAUUAUUGUUUAUAUGAAGCUGAGAUAAAAUUCAUCAAAUGAUAGCAAAUUACCUCUAUUAUCUAAGAAGUCAUUAAGCAAUAUAAUGCCGCAAUUUACAUAUCUUGAAGAAACAAACACAAAAACACCUAUAUUAAAUAUAGAGUUAUGCCAAACAGGAAGUGAGCAAAAUUCACUCUAAUUCCUGGGGGUACUGCUCAUGCAACUGGAUGAGCCCAAUAAAACAUCCUUCCUAAAUUUAUAUUGCAGUGUCUUAAGUUUAUUUAUCCUAAUAUUUGAUGGAAAAGGGUACAUGUUUUUUUACAAAAUAGAAAGUAUUUAGUAUUAUACAUUAAAUCCUUCUUUUCCAUGUCAAUUUUAGAAACAUUAUCAAUGUCUCUAAAUUUAUUACUCUGAAACUCCAAUUUUCAUAACUCUGAAAAACAGCAUUUCUUUUUAUUUUGUGUGGUCCUGACUUGCAUAAGAAUUUAAAUAAUGAGUUUUGUAUAACGUUUAUUGUUUCUAUAUCAGGAUUUGGCAAACUAAGAAUGAGGUGAUUUUCUUUAGGUAAUGAUAUAUAGCUGUAUUGAGUUGUUUACCAAUUGCUAAUUUAAAGAAGACUUUACUGAUAUUAUUAUUCUUUAACAUUCUUUAAAUUACCCUUUUUUGUUUUUGUAAUUAUUGUUAUAACAUGUUCUCAUUAACUAAUGAUCAGUUGUGUUUGUUCGACCUUUGAAAUUAUUAUACAAUUUUUCAUUUCUUAACAUGAUCUGAUCCUAAAAGUAGAUUUUGAAAAACACUGAUGUGAUGUAUACGGUAUUGUAUAAUCUUGAAUAACAUGUAAAUGUUUUACAUAGUAAAAAAACAUUAGUAAAUAAUGUCCGUCUUUAAAUAGCUAACAUUGUGUUAGAAAACAUCUUUGUUUUACACAGCCUCUGAAGAGCAAACAUAGAGAUACAAAGAUUUUGUUGUUAAGACAUGUUGUUCUAGAGAGGUCGAAUUUCUGGUGAAGUUUUUCUUUUGGAAUAAAUGAUAUUGUUAUGUUGCAAUAGUGGGCCACUUUGCAGAGGUUGCACUGUAUAUUAUAUUCCUUGAACUUAUUUUAUUAUUGGAUUUUUCGUUUAGGAACUUAUUGAAUUAUUUAUAAAAAUUGAUCAAUAUACUCAUUUUCCAUUUAGAUAUUUGCCAAUAAAUCAAUACAUUUUAUUUUCAAAGUUUAUUGUACUUUGGAAUAAAAGAAAUGUACUGGUAAAAUACGUAUUUAUAAAUAUUUUAAUCAGUUAUAUACAAAUACAUUUCCAGUUUCAGAUAAUUUAUAAUAAAUCAUUUGUCAGUCAUAAGUUGUAUGACUGUAUUCGUAGUUGUGAAGAUUAAAGUGUGUUUUUUCUCACAUUUUAUCGCUGUUUGACAGCAGUUGUAUUUUUUUUCUUUGUUUAACAUUUAACUAUAUUUAAAUAUGUCUGAAUUAUCGGCUGAAAUGAAUGUUAUAAAGCACAGCUAUUAAAUUGGUUAUAAGUCAUAAUUUAAUGAAUCAUUUUAUCUAUAUUGAAAAUCUUACGCUAUCAUAUGUAUCAAAUGUAUAGACAAGUUUUGAUAUAAAACAUAUUGAGUAAUUAAGGAACACAUUUAUUGUUAUUCUAAUAUUCUUUAUUAUGUUGGUAAAAGUUAAAUUAACCAAAUAAACUAACCUUGAAGUACACUAUUUUUUGCGGAUUUCCUUUUUUGUUAAAAAUUGUAUAAUGUUAAAGCACAAAAUUGCAUAAACAUUGUUUGAUAUUAUUGCUGAUAUGACCUUACACUAUAUUUAAGUGUUAAUCUGUAAUAAACAGAUAUGUAUAAUAUUUUACUAUCUCAUUUUAUUGACAUUUCUAUUAUUUUAGUGAUAUUUACAUUGUUUAGAUUUGAAUAAUUUGCUUUUGCUUUAUAAUUAAAUAGAUAAAAGUUUC